CCAACGCAUAAGUCCACUGAUAAUCUCUAAAGCUGGGCUGGUGGUGGUGUCGAGAAAAAGUAGGGUUUUGAAUUUUGGGCUGUAGUAAUGGGUAUCUACUAAGUACCUUUUUAGACUUCUCUUUUCCAUUUCCAUUUCCAUCCUUAACUUUUUUUUUUAAGUGUUUUCGGCUUGUUCCCCACUUGGGAUUCUUCUUACGCCAACCACUACUACCCUAGAAAUUGUCGGCUUUUUACUUUGAAUCCCCUUGGAUAUUCCACAUUACAUAUUUAUACGAUGAAUAUGCUUUCACUUGAUUCUGUCAAAUGUGUUUGAUUAGAAGAUACGAUUUUUGGUACGAUGGAUUCCAAUGCUAAGUCAUCAUCCCCUAUGAACAUACCAAGUCAAGAUCACGGGAAUGGAGUUUCAAAUCCAGUUUUCGGUGAGGAUGAUUUCAAGGCUGUCAAGGGUGCUGAGGAGCAGCCACAGCCACCACCACCUAUUACAAAAUGCCCUUCACCGGAAAUUGUCGGUGGUUUCAGUCCAAGUGCAAACAGACCCCCCAGAAUCCCCACUACAGAUUCUCUUACCAGAAGAAAGACAUUCGUAAGGUCAGUUCUUUCGAAACCCAAGACUAGAUUCGGUGAACAGCAACUUCCUGUUGAUUCAAAUCUCAUGGAUGAAAUCGGCACAACCUUACAAGAAAAUGCUCAAGAGAAUGCAUUCUCCCCAACCGUAAGUUUGUCCAACCGUGCUUCUCCUCUGAACAAUUUAAUGCCUUCUAGGAGUAACAGUCUGAGGGAAGCCAUUAGAUCACUUUCCUUGACUCCCAAAGCAGCGGGCCUGGUUGGAGAGGAUGAAGCUGAGAUAAUCUACAAGAAAGUCGAUAGCCAGCGUAAAUUGAAGAUCCAAAGAGUGAAAAAGAAAGUUUUAGUGGAAUGGGUUGUCUUCUUGCUCAUCACUGGUAGCCUGAUUGCUAGUUUAACACUCCAUAAACUGAAGAAUUGUGUAGUUUGGGGUUUGGAAAUCUGGAAAUGGUGUUUGCUAGUUCUCGUGACGUUUUCUGGGAUGUUAGUUACCAAAUGGUUCAUUAACAUUAUCGUCUUCUUAAUUGAGAAAAACUUUCUGUUUAAAAGGAAAGUCUUAUACUUUGUUCAUGGUAUGAAGCAUAGUGUCCAGGUCUUUAUAUGGCUCAGUUUGAUCCUCAUUUGCUGGAUUUCCUUUUUCAAAUACGAAGUCCAAAGAUCGGCGCAAACGUCUAAAUUUCUAGAUUUCAUCACUUGGACGCUUGUGACCCUGCUCAUCGGUUCUGUCUUGUGGAUGUUGAAAACGUUUCUUCUCAAGAUAUUGGCAUCGUCUUUCCAUGUCAGAACCUUCUUCGACAGGAUUCAAGAAGCACUGUUCAACCAAUACAUUCUCAGGACGCUUUCGGGGCCUCCGGUUAUGGAGUUGGCUCGAAUGGUGGGGAGAUCGAACAGUGCCGAUAGUCAAUUGAACCUUCAACGUAAGAAGAAGAAAACCGAAGCUAAGGUGAAAGAGGUGGUUGAUAUGAACAAACUAUAUCAAAUGAAACAGGAAAAGGUAUCGGCCUGGACAAUGAAGGUUCUUGUCGAUGCCAUUUCGAAAUAUGGGUUGUCCACGAUUUCCUUUUCCAAUGCCCUCGAUGAAAAUUAUUUUGACGGAGAAGGAGAACAGGCGGAUAAUGAGAUCACAAACGAGAUGGAAGCGAUUGCUGCUGCUUAUCAUAUUUUCGUUAAUGUAGCAAAGCCAGGCAGCAAGGUUAUUGAUGAUGAAGAUCUGAGAAGAUUCAUGAUUAAGGAAGAGGUUGAAGUUGUGUUUCCACUAAUGGAAACAUCUGACGCUGGACAAAUUGAUAAGAAAUCUUUGACAGAUUGGGUGGUGAAAGCAUAUCAAAGCCGAAAAGCUUUAGGACAUGCUCUUUCAGACACUAAAACAGCCGUGAAACAACUAAACAAACUUCUAACCGCAAUUCUUCUCAUAAUCAUCUUCAUCAUAUGGAUUAACAUGACGGAGAUUGCCUCAACCAAAGCACUUGUAUUCCUCUCGUCGCAGAUUUUAGUGGCAGCCUUCAUUUUCAAGAACAUGUGCAAGACCAUCUUCGAGGCUCUCAUUUUUGUAUUCGUUAUGCAUCCUUUUGACGUGGGGGAUCGUUGUGUCAUCGAUGGAAUCCAGAUGACAGUUGAAGAGAUGAAUAUCUUGAGCACGGUUUUCUUGAGAUUUGAUAAUGAAAUGAUUUAUUACCCAAAUGCUGUUCUGGCUAUGAAACCCAUCAGUAAUUUCUAUAGAAGCCCGGAUAUGGGCGAUUCGAUGGAGUUCUCGAUUGAUUUCUUCACGCCAUUGGAGAAAAUCGGAGCGAUGAAGGAGAAAAUAAAGAUACAUUUGGAGAAGAACUCCCACCAUUGGCAUCCUAACCACAACUUGGUGGUGAAAGAGAUUGAGAAUGUGAAUAAGCUAAAGAUGGCAUUGUUUUUCAACCAUACAAUGAAUUUUCAGUUGUAUGGGGAGAAGACGAGACGAAAGACUGAAUUGAUACUUGAGAUGAAGAAAAUCUUUGAGGAAUUGGAGAUCAAAUAUCAUCUUUUGCCGCAACAAGUUCAUCUUCUUGGCUCAGCUCAAACUAGUAGUAAUGUCGCUGCCACCUGAUAUUCUCGUAAUUCUUGCCUCGGGAGACAAUUGUUUUUUCUAAUGAAUUGAAUUUAGCUAAGUUUGAUUUAUUUUUUCUUGCUUUAGAUUAUUUACCUAAGAUUCUGUUCUACUAGUUCUUCUUCCCUUGUCUUUCAUGCAUGUAAGUUGUGAGAUUUUCUUGGUCUAAAUACCAUGUCACCUGUUUAAUAUUAUUGCCAUGAUUUGGCUGAAACUUGCCAAUUGAUGAAUACUCUAGCUGAUUAUCAUCCUGGUAUGCUUUUAUAUAUUUAUAUUAAAGUUUGUAAAACAUUUAUAAUUCA